CCUUUUGUCAGCUAGGAUAGGCUCCAGCUCACCUUUGACCCUGAAGAGGAUAAGCGCUACAAAAUGACUGAAUCGAUUUUAGCAUGAAUUUUUCACCGAAUUAAAUGUUGUCCAACAUGCGUGUGCAGGUUCUGAUGCAGUGGACUCCUAUUCAAAUGGUGAACAUCUUUAACCUUCUAAUGUCCUCCCAACUCAUCCUUUUCUCCUCUGGGGUGAAAAUUGUUCUUUAAAAGCAAUCAGCCAUCUAUAACUCCAUACAUGUGCAUCACGAUGCCCAAAUGUUUUUGGAGCGCUCCAGGUAACGGACAGAAGCUGUUGAAUGGAAGGGGAGGAGCCGAGGGACAAACAGGUAUGCUGAUGUCACUUGAGGGUGGAGCUUCUCACCUGGAGCACACAGGAACCAUGGAGCCGCACGUUCAUCAGUUUCUGCUGGACCUGCUGGGUGGGGCAGAGACUUCAGAUGCUGACAUUGCAGGUCACACCACGGACCCAACUAUGAUAGACUCCACAGGAAGUCUGAUUAACUCUGAUGUCAUCAGCCAAUGGAAAGGACACCAAUCACUAUCUAGUCCCGUCUCAGACCACACCCACUCCAGUACCCGGCAGGAAUCAUCAUCUUCCUCAUCGCACACAGAACAAGCAGGAUCAGAGUGGUUUCACACAAACGGAUAUGGCAGACAGACUCAGCUGAAGGAUAUGGAUGGAGUGACCACCCGACUGGCGUCACUCAGGGAUCUUCACACUCACAGCCUGCCAUGGGCUCCCACAGCAGGCACCAUGGAGCUGGCCACCCACUUCCACAGUGACAGCACAGUUACAGGGUCAUCACCUGUGGUCAUGCACACCGAGCCGGCAGAUAGAGACCUGACGCACCCUCUGCACUCAGGAACGCAGACAUGGCACGCCGACACAGUUACCAGGGCGACAGCCACAAUGUUUUCAGAGGCAACAGGAACUCCGCUGCACUCCAGUGCUGCACAGGUGACUGGGGACUUCCACAAGGCUGGUUCCGUCACUGAACAGUACAACCCAUCGGGUCAGGGUCCUGAAGGUGAGGUGACACCUUCACGCUUGAAUUGGUUUCCGUAACAACCACGCAUCCUUCCAUUUUGCUUUGAUCUUUUGUGCAUCCAAAAACAUCAACUGUGUAGUUAUAGCGUCACAUGAUCCAAAAAACAACGGAAUGAAUGGUGUUGUGGAGGAAAGAAAAACCUCUUAUUGUGUUUUUGCUGACAGCUUCAGAAAACGUGGAACUGGAGGAUACCUGUUGACUUCUACAUCAAGCCUCAAGUUCGGUUCUUACGCUACCAGUUUGAGUGCACAGACCAAUCAGCACGCUCCGCCCAAUCCCACCUGUACCACUAGCCUUUAUGCCCCGCUGAGAGGGCCAUGGCUUUUUGUUUGGAAAUAUUUAAGGUGGCUAUCACUGCUUGUCAUCUGUAGAAGCAAUUUUAGAAGAAGCUCAACCUGUAAAAUGUCUUUUAAUGAUUUUACAAUAAAUGUGUCUAUUUUGA